UAUCAUUAAUUACUUACCGAUUUGGUUAGAGUGUCUAUUAAGGGGGACAUUACCUAAGAAUCCACCUAGGUAGGUAAGAAUGCCAUGUCUGCUAUAAUUGUACGGUAUACCUACCAUAGGUAGCAUGUUUCGUGUGUACUAGUUGAGAGGUACAUCGUAGCCGUCCUAGAUUCUUUCGGCUUCAUCGAUCCUGCAAGUAACAGACACGCUAUUGUUUCAAUUUCUUUUCCGUUUCUUUCUGUUUCUGACUUCUUACACUCGUUCACAUAUGGUCUGCGGGCUACGAAACCUGCGUGAAUCCUCAAUUCCAUCUUAAGCUUAUCUUUCUCGUGUAAAUGUCAUAGUCAUUCGCGUGAAACUUGAUACUAUCUUUCUUCGGUUUUAAUGUGUAUCUCUCGCCCAGCCAUAGUCCUUGACAUGCCACGACCUUGAUAUCUAUCUACGCUGUCUUUAAACGCACAAUCUCAAACCCAUCGAUUUCCAAAGCCAAAUGACUGACGUCGGGCGCUCACCCUCUGGUGGUUCGCCCGCCGGGUCCCAGAAUCAAUCCCCCACGGAUGCGACUCCUCCAACCUCGACUUCCGAUCACGCGCCCCCUGAGCUGUCUACAGGGCUGCCUUCCUUGACGAAAGAUGAAACGAAGGGCAAGAUCCAGUCUUCUACCGGCGAAGAUGAUAUAGUUACAAGAACAUUUCAAUUUCUCUCGACGGCGACGCCGGCUACGCUCGGCGCUAUUGCUGUGGCCCUCGCUGCCAUCACAUACUUCAUCCUCGGCCGGAUAGGACUGCUGCUGAUCGGCGCCUUUGCCGGUGUAACUUCCUUUGUCAUAUGGGAGUCGCAACAUCCCGAAGUUGCGCGUGCUGUUCGAGGGGAAAAGAGACAUGCUUUUCUAGACCGGCUGCUUGAUAAUACGUACGGUGACGUAGGGGCAAAACUACAAUACGACGAGGAGAAAGAUUUAUCGGCGGCUCUACAAAGCUUUGACGAUUUUCAACCCGAAACAAGGAUCGCCUUACAUGAGCUGGUCGAUGCGGUUAUUCGGGACUACGUUGAUUGGUGGUAUGGCCCAAUCGUGCCUUCAGACAAGUCGUUCCCUCUAGCUUGUCGCAGGACCUUCACGCAAUUUAUCCUCAGUUUUUCCAAUAGGUUGAGACGCAAAAGGCCUGCCGAUGCGUUUGUUGACUUUGUCACCCAUUCCUGUUCCAUCGUCAUUGUGUUUUUCUCUGAAAUGGCAGCUGCAUAUACUGAACUCCCGGCUGACACGAAUAUGACGGCCGCCGACGCAAUCUACAAUUACUUGGCCACGCAUACUGAAGCGCCUCUGUCAAAUCUUUUGAACCAGCGACAACAGGCGGCCAAAUUCAAAAUGGUUGCGGAGGACCUGCUUGGCUUCUUAGAAAAAUCAACGUACGAUUGCGACCCUGCUAGAGCUUUCUUAAGAGAGAUCCUCUCGACCAUCAUUCUCGAAGGCACUUUGCAGACUUGUUCAAAAGCGGACUGGAUUAAUGGUUGGAUAGUCUAUCUUCUAGAAUCAGGAGAAACCGAUCUUUCUCAGGCGAUUGACGAGGCUAUACAGGAUCAGAAAGCAUUCGGCGACGUGGACGGGAAUGUGGGAAAUAUCGGUCUAUCAAGAGGUAACCGAAAUUCAUAUGAGCUGGACAGACAACGCCGAAAAGAUAUGGUCCAUAAAAAGAAACUAUCAAAGGCUGAUGAGGAGAUGGAAAAGGCUACGGAAGAGAUGAAAAGACUCAAUGAAAUGAUUGAGGAAGCUGAUCGUACGAAACCUGCGCUACAAGUGACCACAAGCGAAGCGUCCAACAGCCAAAACAACAUCGAGAGAAAUGGUAAGAGAGACUCCCGUAUGGAUUUGGAAGGUGGCAGGAUGAUGAACUCGAUUUCAUCUAAGAAUGGCUCGGAAUCGACACCUGAUUCGUUGCAAAUGGACAAUACGGAUGCUGAACACACGUCUAAUACUGCAAUAUCUACCAAGCUGCCCGCAGACUCUUCCAAUCAACCCGCCCCGCCGAUUAAUGUUCAGGAACUUGCUCCGGCUCAGACGUUCACAAAUUUUGAUCAAUUAGUGCCACCGCCUCAUGAGGAAGAUGGCGAAGAUAGCAAGUCUACUGGGCCACCCCCUCUGACGAUACAUAAUGCUUCUAUUACUAUACACGAUGACACAGCCGCAGAUAGUGGCCGCUUACGAAACAAGCCGUCCUGGGAAUAUCUCCUGCAAAUCGAACCAUCCUCUUCACACCACUCCGGGUGGAUGAUCAUGAAAACCUACAUGCAAUUCGAAGGCCUCCAUGAAAGUUUAAGACGGAUAGCAAACGUUUCAGGCGCAACGGCAUUCCUAGAAGCACAUUCGCAAUUUCCAAGCUGGAAAUUACACACUCGGUCAUCACUGCGAGGUGAAUUAGAAAGGUACAUGCGAAAUGCGUGUAGCGAAAAGGCUUUGGCCGAGUCGGAAGCUAUGAAACGCUUCCUGGACAAGGGGCAAGAUGCUAAAAUGGGCAUCAAUCGUGGGUUCUCCUUCGAGUCUAUGGGCAAAGGAAUGCUGGAUGUCAUCCAAAACGCUCCCAAGGGAGCUCUUGACAGUGGUAAAGUGGUAAUGGGUGGCGUGACCGGAGUUUUCGGCAAUAUCGGACUGGGCCCAAAGAGGUCUACCAAUGCCUCUUUGCAGCAGAUCGAAACUGCUCAGGGGAGUGGUUCGCGCAGCCCGAGCAGUACGCGGCCCGUGUCUUUGCCCGUUCUCCCAAGGGCGGACACCAGUCCGAUCAAUGGAUCGAAGAUUUCCAGGGAUAGCCUUGAUAGCCAGAGAUCCUCUAUAGUCUCAGUGCAACCUAGCAAAAUUCCUCCAAUGGACGGACGUCGUAGCUCCCAAGCAGAUCUGGACCUUGACAGUACUCUGCACCCGGCCAGAGCAGAUAGGUGGGAACGAAAAUCGUCUGUGAGUGCGGCUAGCAGCCGUGUACAUAGCCGGGCUUCGAGUGCAGCGGCAGCACGCUCACCGUUCCGUUCACCUUCGGAAGCCAGCCUCAGUAAUCUAAACCUGCCACCUCCACCCAACGAGAUCACUGAUGAUUAUGGCUCGCCAACCAGUACGCGACUUAGUCUAGAUAGCUAUCCCCGGUUGAGCAACUCGUUCAACUCUCCAAUCCGCACGUCAAUAGACCAGCCAAUGAGGGCUUUGCAAACCAAUGGUGCCGCGAGGCGACCUGUCAAGCAUUUCCCGCCACUAUCCGAACAGGAAACACGAGUAGCAAUUGAGCUUCUAUUCGCUGUCAUAACAGAGCUCUAUACCCUGUCAUCCGCAUGGAAUAUUAGAAGGACAUUGCUCACAGCGGCAAAAUCUUUCUUACUUCGGCCCGGUAAUCCGUCCCUCGUAUCUAUCCAAUCACUAAUCCAAAGUUCACUGCUCGAUGCCAACACGUCCGAUGAUGGCCUUGCUACGCACAUACGCAAACUGCGAGAGAACUCGUUGCCAACAGAAGAGGAGCGCAAGGCAUGGCCAGCCGAGCUCACGGCCACGGAAAAGGAGGAGCUUCGAGAAAAGGCCCGGAAGCUAUUCAUCCAAAGCAGUGUGCCCGCCGCGCUUAUGGGCAUUAUGGGCCAGUCAGCUACGAAUGAGGCUCUGGGGCGAGUCUUUGAUUGCCUGCAGAUUGAAGAGGUCGCUCGCGGCUUAUUCUUUGGAUUGAUCCUACAGGCUGUACGAGUGGUGACACAUUAACUGGCGUGGUGAU